AUGAACCCAGACUCAAACGAGCAUGGGUACUUGCCCGCACGUCCACUUCCAUCCUAUUAUACACCAUCUCCUCAGAACAUGCCGCAGCCACAGAUGCCGCCGACUGGGUCAUCGGCCCCAAAUCUAACCCCAGAGCCAUACAACCAUUCGGAAUCCCAGCGCUCCUCUCCAAACAUGCACACUGGGCACAUAGACAAUGCAGUGAGCUCUGCAUUUCAAAGUAGCGGCUCCACAGGCUACCUUUCCCCAGAAAUUAUCUCGCAGAUCACAGCAACAGUGAUCCAGCAGCUUAAAACAAAUGGGUUGGACAAGCUACAAGGGUCCGGUGCGCCCCCGCCCGGCUCGCAAUCACGGCAGCCGCCAUGGCAAACAGAUGGCUCGUUGCAGCCGCAUAAGGAGACUCCCUCUGCCAUACCUCCACAGCGAAGCAGUUCAAUCCCCCCGCCCACUUCGGCCUCUGAAAAGUUCCAUACUGGGAAUUCCGAGCCAUACGUCCCCUCUAGUUACGCUAGUGACAGUCAUCCCAGCCCGAAACCUGCUCCUGAUCCCCAUCCAUACGUCCCUUCUGGUUAUGCUAGUGAUAGUCAUCUCAGCCCGAAACCUACUCCAGAUCCCCAGCCAUCCGUCUCCUCUGGUUACUCCAGUGAUAGUCGUCUCAGCCGGAACUCUACUCUCGAUCACCUGUCGGAUAGACGUGCCUCUGUCUCCAGUCAGACUAGUGAUCGGAGUCAUCCUAGUUACUAUAAGGCGGAACGUCCGAGACCUCCGGAUCGGGACGCUACCGUUAUGGAGAUGACUACUUUGGAGCGAAUUUGGGGGAAAUUGUUCGAUGAUGGCAAGGCGACGAAGAGGCUUGGCCAAUUCUUGCGUGGAAUUGCGGUUCAUAUGAUUGAGGAUUAUCCGCCGGGAAACACCCUUGUCAUUCCCCCUUAUAAGUUGCAAAAGUUCUAUCGUGACACUCAUGAUUCGAAUGACCCUUAUCCAUGGCAAGACAUUUUUGAUGAUCGUACAUCUUCGAUCUCCCGACUAUUCCGCGACAUCAGAGUCGAACAUCAUCUCAUCCAGGACGAUCUAGCAAAACGCCCAGAUAUCCCAGGCUUAACACCCAAAGGCUUCGAGACCUGGGAAACCUUGAUGAUCCUCGCGAACCCAGAGCGCGAAUACGAGCGACUGCAAAAAGCAGUCCGCAACAUGCCUAUCAACAACCCAGAGGACCAGAAAGAGCGCUUCCCAAAGGAAAUCCCGCGUCGGCUCUUCCCAGAGAUCGCAGAUAUCGAAAUCAGAGAAGACGUCGAGGACCGAAUCAUGGUCCAUUGCGGCGUCGAUCUACCAUACAUCACACCCGAAGAACGCAACCAGACUUCUGGCCGGUCGGCCAGAUCAUCCACCACGACCGGAUCGCCCGGAGAGCGAACCCGCUCAUACGAGAGAGGCCGACCCCCAACCGCCUCGGCCCCAAGACCUGCCGUAGUCCCAAGACCCGCCUCAGCCGUGACAGACGAUGAAGACGAAGAAGACGAAGAAGAAGACGACGAGGUAGACGAAGGAGACGAAACCAUCACCUCGGUCCCGAUCGAGCGAGAACGCAAUCCCUACAGCAACAGUCCAAGCAUUGGCAAAGUCUACGAUGAACCCAGUCCUAGCCACGACCACAACCACAGCCACAGCCACAGCCACAUUGGAUCGACACCGGGACAAGCUCCAGCAUACCGCAUGCCCGAGUCCUACGACCGCGAGUCGCAAUACGCACGCUCGGGGUCUGGACAUUCCUCUGAGAAGCGGUUCUCGCAUGAUCCCCGCAGCUCGUCGCAUCACCGCGGAGGCAGUGGUACCUACAGGCAUUCGGAUACUGAAUUGCAUGGUCGUGACCAUUCGGCUAGACAUUCAGGGCUUUCGGCGCAUGAUCUGUCGUAUAACGAGCCUGCUGCGAAUUUGACUGAGGAUGAGGCGCGCAGAUAUCGCCCUAGUCGGGGUGGCGACGAGGAAUAUUAUCGUGGGAGUGGGCAGGGAGGAGCUGUACCCCGGUAUGAUCAGAAGUAUGAAAAGUAUUACGGAUGA